AUGAGCUCUAUUGGUACCGGAUACGAUCUUGCCGCAUCCACUUUUUCUCCUGAUGGUCGUAUCUUCCAAGUUGAAUAUGCUCAGAAGGCUGUGGACAACUACGGGACCGUAGUGGCGAUUCGUGGAAAGGAGGGUGUUGUUACAGCUGUGGAUAAGGUGGUACACUCAAAAUUGGAGAUUCAGGCAAGUGUUAAGUUUUGUAUUUUAUUGUCUUAGAAUUCCAACCCUCGAGUUUCGAAUGUCAACGAUUAUAUUGGAUGUACUGCUGCCGGAGUUUAUCCUGAUUGUCGCAGUUUGCUGGACUAUGUGCAAGACGAGGCUGUGAAAUACUUGAAGGAGUACCGAGAACCUAUUUCUGUGAAGAAACUGGCCAACACGGUAUGGUUUACACAUGUUUCUUUAUGUUUUAGGUAAUAACAUGGAUUUUUAUAGGUAGAAAAGAAAUGUUUGAAAAAAUAGAUAGGAGUACGUUGAAAAGUGUAUCUUUUAAUUUGCAACGAUUUUUAAACGUUUUUCUAUGUGAUAAAUUAAAAAACAAAGGGUUUUAAGUACACCAUGCUUUUUCAGUUAGCCGAAUACGUUCAUAUCUUUACCUUGGGUAUUUCUCGCCCGUUUGGAUCGUCAAUCUUCUUGACUUCGUACGAUCCAAAGAAGGAGAAGCCUCAGAUCUACUUGAUCGAACCUUCUGGACUUGUUUAUGAAUAUAAAGCUUGGGCUGUUGGAAAACAUCGUCAAGCUGCCAAAACAGAAAUCGAAAAGCUCAAGUUGGAGAACCUGAGCAUGCAGGAUUUGGUCAGAGAAGCCGUCAGAAUUUUGCUCACCGUGCGAGAUGAAUCCAAAGACAAGAAUCUUCGAAUUGAAAUGGGAUGGGUCGGAAAGCACAACAAUGGCAAGCAUGAGGUAAGGGUUGGUGUUUCCCUCUUACAAAGUAUUGUAAAUUAAAAAUUUGGUUUUGAAACUUCUUUCUUUGGCUUUUAAGCUGUUUAACAUGACGUUUUAUAAUUUAUGUGAGAGUUAUAGCUUUUCUGUGGCCUUAUUUUAAUUAAAUACCUUAAAGAUAUUGUUUUCAGCAAAUCCCAGAACAAGUUGUGCUCGAAGCUGAAAGAUGGGCAAAGAGCAAGUUAGAAGAGGAGGAUAUGGAGGAAUAA